AUGUCCAAAGUCCUGUUGUACUUGUUGGCAUCGUUGCUGACUCAAUGGGUCCUCGCACAAGAUCAAGCCACCACCCUCUGCGGCCAGAGCGACUUUUAUAACUCGACACUGGUCCCUUAUUCAUUCAACAAUAAUGCCUGGGGAGACAAUGGGCAAGGCUAUUCCUGCCUGCGCAUUUACGACGAUGACACUGCUUUCUCAGUGACCUACCAAUGGACCGGAGAUGCUUCAACAGUCAAAGGGUUUCCUUAUGUGAAGGCAGACCCCUCCCGUCUACCAGUCCAGUUAUGGAACGUUUCCUCCCUCGAAUUCUCUGCGCAAUGGCGAACCUAUGUCAAAGACACCGAGAAUUGGUCAGAUGAAGAGCAGGCAAUUGCCAUGGACAAUACGGGUUUGCGGGUUAACACCGCCGUGGAUAUGUUUCUUUCAGACAAUGCCGAAAACUCGACUGGCUUAGGGCCUCCCAUUGAAAUUAUGAUCUGGCAGUGGUUUACCCCGACCGUUCUCCCUCUGGGCCAUGCCGAAUCCACUCCAGAGAAAGACACCGUUGAGGUCGCCGGCACAAACUACAGUCUCUACCAUGGUUGGAAUGCGCAGGGUCAGCACGUCUUCUCAUGGCUCCCACACAAAAACCUGACAAGUGUUGACACCGAUUAUUCUCCCUUGUUGAGGUACAUCUACGAGCAAGGCUUACUUUCCGGUGCGCUGUAUAUGGGCCAACUGGAAUUUGGGACUGAGAUUAUGCAUGCUGGAGAGGAGACUCAUUUCGAGGCGUGGAAUUACACCUUGAGGAUUACCCGAGAUGGUGAUCCAGAUGCUCUUCCAAGGCCCACCACGACCACCACAAGUUCUUCGACAACCGCAACCAGAACUUCAACAUCUCGCACAUCAACCACAACCACCAUGUCCACCACCGAUAGUGCGACCACACCAACCAUGACGGAUGCAUCUGGUGCAACCUCGACAGCCAAUACUGCUUCAUCUGUGUCACCAUUUGCGAUAGGCUACAGCAGUACCGGAUUUACAUUCAUCGCAUUGUUGUUAGGUAUUUUCCUACUGACAACCUCUUACACAUUAAUGGAUAAUGCAUCAUGA